GCGCCGGGCCGCCAGCGCUGCGCGGCUGCAGCGCCGGGAUCGGCGCAGCAGCGCCGUAUCGACCCACCGGCAGCCAGUGGCCAGCGGCGCGCCGACCGGCCGCCAUGUGACCGCGCCGACCUGCCGACAUCACCAUGGAGCGGCCGCCGCUGCUGGCCAUGGUGCCGCUGCUGCUGGCGCUGCUGGCCGCCAGUGGGGCCGCCGACCGCGGCCGCGCGCCGCAGGGCAAGCCGUCGCGCGUGAUCCGCACCCGGCGCGGCAGUGUGCAGGGCGUCGAGGUGCACAACGGGCCGCGGCUGCCGCCCGUCGAGGCGUACCUGGGCCUGCCGUACGCGGCGCCGCCCACACGCUUCAUGCCGCCCACGUCGCCGCCGAGCUGGUCGGGGGUGCGCGACGGCCGCUACUUCCGUCCCGUGUGUCCGCAGCAGCUGCCCGACCUCAGCAACCGGACGGCGGCGCUGCUCACCAUGCCGGCAGAGCGCUACGAGCGGCUGCUGCGGCUCCGACAGUUCCUCACCGACGAGAGCGAGGACUGCCUCUUCCUCAACAUCUACACACCGGCUACCGGAGAGACUGCGCGCGCCCGGUACCCAGUCAUGGUGUACGUGCACGGCGAGUCGUUCUCGUACGGCUCCGGUAACGCGCUGGACGGCUCCGUACUGGCCAGCUUCGGAGCCGUGGUGGUGGUCACCCUCAACUACCGGCUCGGGGUGCUCGGCUUUCUCAACUCGAACUUGGAGCCGGUGCGCGCGGUGGCCAACUACGGCCUCCUAGAUAUCGUUGCCGCCCUGGAGUUUGUGCGGCUGACGGUGGCCGCCUUCGGAGGCGAUCCGACCAACGUCACCGUCUUCAGCCACGGCGCCGGCGCCGCCUGCAUCAACUUCCUCAUGACGUCCGCCUCUGCGCCACUCGGGCUGCUGUUCCACCGGGUGAUCCUGAUGAGCGGCUCGUCUCUGUCGCCGUGGGCACUGCUCAGUAACCCGCUCAAUGCCACCGUGCAGCUGGCCGCCGGCGUCAACUGCACGGCCACCCAGUCGGCGCUGCUGCCGUGCCUGCGCAGCCGGCCGCUGUCCGCCCUGCUGGCAGCUCCCGUCGUCGCCCCGCGCUUCCUGCCGCCGUUCGGGCCCUCUCUGGACGGCAUCGUCAUCAACGACGAGCUGUUCACCAGGCGGGCGUCGUACGCGCACCGUCUGGUGUCGUACCGGGUGCUGGCCGGGGUGACAGCGGCCGACGCCGACCAGCAGCUCAGCGAGUCCCAGCUGAGCGACGGCGUCACGGCGGCGCAGCGCGACAGCACGCUGCGCACCUACGUGCAGAACACGUACAGCUACCACCUGAACGAGCUGGUCUCGGUGGUGCGUCAUGACUACACCGACUGGAGCCGCGGCCAGCAGCCACCGCGCCGGCUGCGCGACCAGCUGGUGCACGCGCUCAGCGACGCCCAGUACGUGGCGCCCGUGACACGCACUGUGGACAUGUACCCUGACGAUCAGAACACAUACUUCUACGUGUUCAAUGGCGGAAGCGACUAUUCCGACGGGAAAAAGGCGCCCCGGCUCUCUCACGGCAGUGAGCUGCCGUUCGUGUUCGGGGCGCCGCUCGUCUACCGACUGGGCUACUUCAGCGGCCCGUGGACGGAUGAGCAGCGAGCCCUCUCUGAGACACUGAUGGCCUUCUGGACCAACUUCGCCAAGUCUGGGGACCCCAAUAAGCCAAAGGAUGUAUACGUGAAAGGCGGUGGAGACGACCGGCAUAGGAAGAUCAUCUGGAGCCCCUACGAACAAAUGUACAAAAAAUACAUGGCGCUCGGUCGGUCCCCGCGCGUCCUGUCGCACUACCGGUCCCAGAGCGUGGCGCUGUGGCUGCGACUGGUGCCCGAGAUCCAUCGGCGCGGCACCACCGGCCUGCCGGGCGCCGCGCACCACCAGUUCGACGAGGCCGGGCCGCCGCCGCUGUACGCCGGCCCGGUGCGCUCUGUGCCGGCCACCUGGCGCCCCCUGCCGCCGGCCGUCACCACCGCCGCCAGCGACACCAACGCCAGCGCCGUGCUCGACGGCAGCCUGGGUGGCGGCGGCGGACCCACUGAGGGCGCGCCGCCGGCCGCCGCCGGGCCCGGCCCCGGCGCCGGCACCUUCUCCGCCUACAGCACGGCGCUCAGCGUCACCGUGGCCAUCGGCUGCUCGCUGCUCGUCCUCAACAUCCUCAUCCUGGCCGGCGUCUACUACCAGCGCGAAAAGGGACGCGCCGAGUCGCGCAAACGCUCAGAGAACGGCCCGGUGUGCGGCGGCACGUUCCACGCGGUCAGCUCGGCCGGCGGAGAGCGGCACUCGCUGAAGCUGGAGGCCGGCGGGCCGGUGCGGUCCAGCGGCCGGUCGUCGAUGCAGGCGGCCCUGCCGCCAGCCGAGUUCGCCGACCUGCCGCCGCCGGCCGUGCUGGACGGCGUGUGCUCGCGCUCUGUGCCGCGGCCGCCGCCGCCGCCCCGCGGACACAGUCGGCCGCCCGACGAGGCGCCCAUGCUCGAGCGGCACAUGAUGGUGGCAGCCACCCUGCCGCGUAACGUGUCGCGGGGCGCGCUGCGCUCGAGCGGCGGCUCCAGCAGCCGCUGCAGCUCUCAGGAGCAGCUCUCAGAACUGCGCGUGUAGUGAUCGGUCUGGUGGAGACAGAGGGGCGGUGUUCGACCGGACAGAGGCGGGGCGGUGUCAGAGGUCAGGGAGCGGUGACAGAGGUCAGGGCGCAGUGUCGAAUGGGCACAACGGUGUGGUCUGGAUGUGAGAUGUUUAUUUGGCGAGCCGAACUGACUUGCGCUAGCAGUUCCAUGCGCCCGUGCGGCGCCCCACCCACCGGCGGGGGGCGUGACCGGGGCAGCGGCGCUCAGUCCGGGCCCGCACUGCUCCCAGCCGCUCAUACGUGUCAUAGGGUACUUGGUCAUAACGAAUGUGUGUUCGAUUCAACUCUGACAAUAAGAAAAGUAAUGUUGUUAUGAGUGUCAAUGCCAUUUUAUAGGUGCCAAGACCAAUAUGUACUUCGUAGUAAACUAUACGCUCAGAAAGCGUUAGUGUUUGUUACUGUUAUAUGUGGUCGCUAUGUCUAUCAAACGAGUGGCCAAUUUUUACAAAUGUGAUAAUAGAUGCGUAUGCUAAUCGCAGAAGAAUAUACGUUACUCGAGUGAAA